ACUCGCCGGGCAGUUAGGGAACCUGCUUGCUGCUGCUGGGUGCCGGGGCGGGUGCAUUAACAUGUUAGAUGCCCGCCGCGCGUGCACUGUCGCUUGCGCGGGGCGCACGGGUGAUAAUUUGCUAACCAGGGCCGGAUUUAGGUCUGAUGAGGCCCUGAGCUACUGAAGCCUCAUGUUCCGGUCUCGGCGAGCCAGCUUGGCACAACGGCUUUGGAGGCACCGCUGCGUCACGCCCGGCCCCGACGACAGCCACGGGGCGUUGAAGCCGGCGGCUCUGGCCCUCUUCAAGAAGCUGAAGGAGAAGGAGCUGGAGCUGCUGCUGUGGGCGGUGGAGAGCAGGGGGGCGGGCGAGUCGGGCUGCAUCUGGGUGGAGUCGCGAGGCUCCAAGCCGGGCCUCCCCGCCUCGCUUCUCCUGUGCCGGCUCUUCCGCUGGCCCGACCUGCGCCACCCUCACGAACUCAAGCGCCUCAGCUUCUGCAAGAGCACCGGCGGAGAGGGCGGCGUCCACUGUUGCAACCCGCAUCAUCUCAGCCGGCUCGCCGUACCUGAGACCCCCCUGCCCCCCUAUGGCAAGAUCUCUCCUUUCGCAACCCCUCUGAAGUGCGCCAACACAUUGAACAACAACCGCAGAAUAUGGCAAGACACCAGCCUCUCCCAGCGCUCCCUCAGAGACGGCCAUUGGUGCAAACUGGCUUACUGGGAAUACCGCCUUCGAGUGGGAAGGCUCUUCCCCGUCCACGACGACCACGUCAACAUCUUCGCCGACCUUCCAACCGGCAACGGCUUCUGCCUGGGCCAGCUGGGCUCCAGGAACCGUAGCCAAGCUGUCCAGCGAGCCCGGGCCAAGAUCGGGCAAGGCCUGCUCCUGAGCCGCGAAGGCAGCGGCGUCUGGGCUUACAACCGCAGCGACCACCCCGUCUUCGUCUGCUCCCCAACCCUGGGUCCUCCCGGCUGCUCCGGGCCGGCUGUUCACAAGCUGCUUCCCGGCUACUCCCUCAAGGUGUUUGACUACGACCGCGCCGGCAACCUGGCCUGCUGGCAGGGCCACCACGACGGGCCCUACGAUGCCCACAGCGUCCGGAUCAGCUUCGGCAAAGGCUGGGGCCAGUGCUACUCGCGGCGGUUUAUCACCUCUUGCCCAUGUUGGUUGGAAGUUCUGCUGAACGUCCCUAGAUGAAGAGGGGGGCAAGGAGCCAGGAAAGGGGGCUGGUUUUGCGGGUGGUGAGGGGGGAACCCCCUCUCUGAGCCUUGGGGGAGUGCGGGAAAGAUCUACGUAUUAUUUCCCAGCUUCCUCGCACGGGGAGAGAGAGGAUUCUGCGAGAGUCGGGUGGCUUUUGUAAGUUAUCUGUUUCCUUAUAAAUAUACGGGUUGAGAAGGUAGUGGCAUAUAUAUAAGUCGAGAAGGUGGCCUGAGGGCGAGCAAGUUAGACAUAGUCACAAGGCAGAAUUAGAGCAGGGCCCAACAAACUCAGGUUCACAGCAGAAUUUUUCUUUUUUGUAGUUCACAAACCAGUUCAACCAGUUCAGCAGCUUCCUCCCUGGGAAUUUUAGCACUUCUGCUAGUGCGGCUGCCGUUUUAAAGUUUCAGCAUCCGUUUCCCUUA